CUAUCCCUUUCAACAUUCCACACUUCUUCUCUCUGUCCACAAACUUCUCUGACUUCAAAUCAAUACUCUUCCUCCAAAAUCCCUGAAAUCUGUUUCUCCUCGAAAAACCCAUUUGCAUGAUCUCCAAAAUUUGAGAUUCUUCCAUACAUGGCGGCGGCGACAAUGGCGACGGCGGCGGGAGCAGCGAUGCUGAUGUAUUACAUAUUAAUCCGGAGACUUGCGGCAGCGAAGGGCGUUGAUUUAUCGAAAUCGAGGUCGGGGAGGAGGAGGAUUGCCAGAAGACCGGUACAAGCGCCUGCCACUUGGCUAGAAACAAUAACAACAUUAUCAGAGACGCUUAGGUUCACUUACUCUGAGACUUUAGGAAAAUGGCCCAUUGGUGACUUGGCUUUUGGAAUCAAUUAUCUCUUAAGGAGACAGGGUAAUUUGCAAGUUGCAAGUGUAUAUGCUGGUGGUAAUUCUGUACAGCUGAAAGGCCCUGACAUUAUAGCAGAGAUGUACGAUCUAUUGAGAUUGUUGACCCUUUGCAUGUAUUUUUCAAAGAAGCCAUUUCCAAUCUUUUUGGAGUUGGCUGGAUUCUCUCAGGAGGAUGUUCUUAUUCAGAAGCCAAAAGCAGGGCUUCUGAAGCCUGCUUUCACAAUUAUACAUGAUAAAAAUUCAAAACAAUUCCUUCUACUGAUUCGCGGUACUCAUGGCAUCAAAGAUACACUAACAGCAGCAACUGGUGCAGUGGUCCCCUUUCACCAUUCGGUUUUACAUGAUGGUUGGAUUAGUAAUUUAGUUUUAGGCUAUGCACACUGUGGAAUGGUUGCUGCAGCUCGUUGGAUUGCCAAGAUUAGCUCUCCUCUACUGCUUAGGGUACAUGGUGAAUAUCCCGACCACAAAAUUAAGAUUGUUGGGCAUUCACUCGGUGGUGGUACUGCAGCAUUAUUAACCUAUAUACUUAGAGAACAAAAGGAGCUCUCUUCUAGUACCUGUGUCACAUUUGCCCCAGCUGCAUGUAUGACAUGGGAUUUAGCAGAAUCAGGCAAACAUUUCAUUACCACUGUCAUUAAUGGAUCUGAUCUGGUGCCUACAUUUUCAGCUGCCUCUGUUGAUGAUCUUCGCUCUGAGGUCACAGCAUCUUCAUGGCUAAAUGAUUUGAGGGAUCAGGUUGAGCAUACCAGAGUCCUAAAUGUUGUUUAUCGCUCUGCUACUGCCUUGGGAUCCCGUCUACCAUCCAUAGCUAGUGCGAAAGCCAGGGUUGCUGGUGCAGGUGCACUUCUGCGACCUGUCUCCAGCCGCACUCAGGUUGUGAUGAAGCGAGCACAAGAUGUUGCCCAAGCUGUUGCCAGAACACGCCCAUCUUUAACAUCAUGGUCGUGCAUGGGGCAACGUCGACGUUCCAUGGGCCCUUCAUCAGUAAAUUCUAGAACACAUGAUUUGCCUGAAGCUACUGUAGUAUCUGUAAACUCUGAAGCUCUUGUGACUGAAGUCCAGACAAAAGACUCACUGCAGAUCAAACUUGAGUCAAGCUGUGGUUCAGGUCAUGAUGAUGCCGGGGAAGAUGAACCAUUUUUAUCUGAUGAUAGGGUCAUGACUUCAUCAGUCAUGGAAGAGGUUACUGAAGGACAAUUGUGGUAUGAACUGGAGAGCGAGCUACAAAGGCAAGAGAGCGCAGUUGAUAUCCAAGCGCAGGAGGAAGAAGCUGCAGCAGCAAAUGAGAUUUUUGAAGAAGAGAAUGAUCUCGCCAAAGCAGCUGCAGCAGAAACUCACAUCACCUCAGAGGAUCUGUCAGAGAGCCAACUGUUCUAUCCUCCUGGCAGAAUCAUGCAUGUCAUUUCCAUGCCUUCAUCAGAUACUGCUAACUUAGAACUUGAUGAACCCACGGAAGAACACGUAGGUUUAUACGAGACUCCCAGAGAACUGUAUAGUAAGAUCCGACUGUCAAGAACGAUGAUCAACGAUCAUUACAUGCCUAUGUAUAAGAAGAUGAUGGAAUUACUAAUCCAAGAACUGGAAAAUGAUGAAGAUUGUAGCUGUGUUAUGUUUGAAGAUUAAAUAUAUAUAAUAGAAAACACGUUUCGCAUGAAACAA